AUGAACUCGUCGAGCGCUUCGCUGCAGAGCUACUUUACCUACCCAGCUUUAGGCGGCUUGAUGUUGGGGCAUAUCGUCGUCAUGACCGCUGCAUGGCUCUUCGUCCUGCCCAUUGGCAAGCACACUGUUGCGCGGUCUCGGCUUGCUCUCCCUGCUCAGUUAUCUUUCUUAGGGUUGCACUCAGUUGGUCUGUUGCUUGGGACUGCCUACAGCUCCAAAACGCCCGACCUAUAUCAGAACAACGCUCACACUAAGAUUGGGUGGAUUGUCACUUGGAUCGUCGUAGCGCAGUGCAUUAUCGGACUUGUCAAGUUGGCUGUCAGUUUCAAGAAACCUCUGGAUGUUGAUGAUGAAGAGCCAGCUGCGUUUUUGCCCAUAUCCAUCGAAGCUCUGGCGCAACACCACCAGGCAAUUUACUCCCCAGACGAGUAUCGCUAUUCGCGUGAUAGUGGUCAUUUUACAGCAUCAGAAGCCUCUCGCAGCCAGUCUAUCUCGUCAACACAGGACCACGAAAACGAAGAGCACGAAAAGUUCCUCGAGUAUCAGAACCAUGAUGCAGAUACGGAGCCAGAGUACCUAGAGAAGCAGGGCUUUUUGAGUAACACGAAAGCGCAGCGCCUCGCAUCCCGCAUAGCCGCUAUGGUGUCUCAGCGAACAAUGAGAGCUCUAAAUGUUACCUAUAACGCCAUCGAUUGCGUGAGCCUGGUACUUGGGUUCGCUGCUAUCGUAUCUGGUGCAGUGGUCUACGGAGGCGUAUUCCGCGGCAACAACGUGUUCAAUGGUCUUGCGCAUACCGUCAAAGGCGGAGUAUUCUUUUGGUAUGGACUUCUCACCCUGGGACGUUGGAUGGGCUGCUUCAGCGAGAUGGGCUGGGCAUGGAACGUCCGGCCGCCUGUCGGAGUUGUCAGCCGUCGGAUGGCUACGAUGCCCUCCGCGGAAUUUGUCGAGUCUUUCGUUAUCUUCCUCUACGGCGCAUCCAACGUUUUCCUGGAACAUCUUGCUGCAUGGGGACAUGCAUGGAGUGCGCAAGACUUGGAGCAUGUAUCGAUUACGAUCAUGUUCUUUGGUGGUGGCCUAUGCGGUAUGAUUAUCGAGUCGACGCGGGUUCGUGACCUGCUUAACACGGCAAUUUUAAUUUCCCCGGCCGCGAAAGCUGACAAGAAGCUUUCGAGUGCGCCAAAGACGUACUCAUUUUCCAUGAAUCCAUUCCCAGGCCUGAUCAUUCUUCUUCUAGGUCUAAUGAUGAGCUCCCAUCACCAAGCGUCCAUGAUAUCCACUAUGAUCCACAAGCAGUGGGGCACCCUGUUUGUCGGAUUUGCAAUGGCACGUGCGGUCACCUACGUCCUACAAUAUGUGGCCCCACCAUCGUCAUGUCUGCCAUCACGUCCACCUUCGGAGAUCAUUAGCUCUUUCUGCCUCAUAUCGGGCGGUCUGAUAUUCAUGGCCAGCAACAAGGACACCGUUGCGGCUAUGGAGCAUUACAACCUGCAUGCUAUGUUUCCUUUCACUGUAACAAUGGGAUUAACGUCCUUACUCAUGGCUUGGGCCAUCUUUGUCCUUGCGUUCAAAGGGUGGGCGGUGAGAAGCAGGCAGGCGCUCCCGAUGUCCGGCUUCUCUACCGUUGAUGCCUAA